UAUCUAUCUACUAUCUACGGAGUCCUCCGCCCGACUACCGUCUCUCUCUCCCUCUCUCUCUUUAUACCAAUUUGCUAUCAGUGUACACAUUCAGUGUCGUAUUGGCGCUUAUGGAUCCGGAGAUUGACCCAGCCACCCUCUUUCGACCGGGGAAGAGGCGAAAGUUCCAGCGACGCCAGCCGGAGAGCAGCGGUGACGAACUCCAAUCUACCACAGAAGACGUUGCUCAUAACUCCGAGUCACCCACGCCUUCGCCAUGGCAGGAUUCGCCGGGCUCUAUCUCCGCGUCGGAUAUUCUUCGUUCGCGACGGCUUCACCGAGCUCGAAAGGGCGGCAUCGAGUUCUCCACCACCUCGCGGCCGUCCGCAGGUGAUGCCAGUCAAACUACCGUCUCGGCUGUAGCGGCGGAGGACCUGGAGAAUGAAAGAAUGCGAGCAAUGUGUGAUCGGUUCACAGCGCACACUGGCCAAACGGUGGAUGUUGACAAGCAUAUGAUGGCCUAUAUAGAGUCUGAAAUGGCUAGGAGACACCGGCGCAACAUGCCAACCGAUGUUGCAACUUUUGAUACACCCCCGACGACCGAACCGGAGACCCCUACUCUAUCUUCCACCGACGUUCCGCAACGCGAACCGGCCUCUUUAGGGAAACUACACGAGAUUGAUCUAGGCGACGAGGCCAAAUUACAAAACAUUGCUCGUACGGAAGCGGCGACAAGAAGGCUUGCGGGGGAUGAUGACCAAGUCCUUACUGCCAACCAGGAGUCAAUCCCUAAGAUGAACCCCGUAGGCGGGGACCAAAGACCAUGGCGCAAUCGGAAACGGCGAACAAGCGAGGAUAUCGAACGAGAUCGGCUGGUGGAGGAAGUUUUGCGGGAGAGUAAACUGGACGUCUAUGAAGGACCCGAGAACGAGGAAGGGGAUGAUGCAGGAGGUGAAGAUGGGCAAGCGGCCGACGAUCGGGUGGCAGAGCAGUUUAGAAGGGACUUCCUUGAUGCCAUUCAAUCCCGGCGUCGUGUUGCGCGAACAAAGAACGCAAAGGCAGCCAAGGCCGAUGCUCCGCGGGGGCCGAAAUUGGGAGGCAGCAGGAGUGCGAGAGCUGCGAUGCGGGAGAUGCAAGAGAAGUCUGGCCGAAAAUGAGCAUUUGGGCAUGAUGGUGUCUAUGUAGGGACCGCAGGAAUACGACUGUUAGGUAUUCCCUAAUGAGAUCCGUCUGGGGAGAUCUAGUUCUUUUCAAAGCAUCAAAGGACUGGCGUGGGGGGAAAGAUGACCCGAGAUCGGAUGGUACUUCCCGUCCGGGCGCUUUAGAUAUAUAUACUAUAUGAAAGGUAUUGUGUAGUAUGCGCGGC